GUCACCUUCGCUUUCGUUCCAGAUCAUUCCGCCGGCCGGCAACCGUUUUACUGUGUUGCUAACUCAGCGAAGCUAACCUGUCAAAGUGUCUCAAUUCGCCAACUUGUCGCCAUGUCUCACCCAAUACCCAACAACAAGCCGUCCAAUUCCGACAACCCCCGCGUUUUCUUCGACGUCGACAUUGACGGAGCCAGAGCCGGCCGAAUUAUCAUGGAGCUGUUUGCCGACGUCACUCCCAAAACCGCCGAAAACUUCCGUGCCCUCUGCACCGGAGAAAAAGGCUUGGGCAAAUCCACGGGGAAGCCUCUGCACUUCAAGGGAUGUCCCUUCCACAGAAUUAUCAAGAAGUUCAUGAUCCAAGGAGGCGACUUCUCCAACCAGAAUGGCACCGGCGGUGAGAGCAUCUACGGCGAGAAGUUUGAGGAUGAAAACUUCCAUUACAAGCACGACCAAGUGGGCCUGCUGAGCAUGGCCAAUGCAGGGCCCGACACCAAUGGCUCACAGUUCUUCAUCACCACCGUGCCCACGCCGCACUUGGAUGGCAAACACGUGGUCUUUGGACAAGUGCUGAAGGGCGUGGGAAUGGUUAAAAUGCUGGAGUCCAUGGACACAAAGGACGACACUCCUGUUAAGCCGUGCCUCAUUGCUGACUGCGGCGAGCAUAAGGACGGAGACAGCUGGGGCGUGGCACCAAUUGACGGGACCGGGGACACCCACCCUGACUUCCCAGAGGACUCAGAUGUCGACUUUAAAGACGUGGACAAAGUUCUGUCUGCAGCUGAGGACGUGAAGAACAUCGGCAACAACCUUUUCAAGAGUCAAGACUGGAAAGCUGCAGUCAUCAAAUACAGCAAAGCUCUCAGGUAUCUGGAGGUGUGCAGCGAGGAGCUGGAGGAGGACGAGGAGGUGGUGCAGAAGAAGCUCGGACCCACGGUCCUCAGCUGCUACCUCAACAUGGCUGCAUGCAAACUGAAGAUGCAGCUGUGGCAAGAAGCUCUGGACAACUGCAACGAGGCUCUGGAGCUGGACCAGGCCAAUACCAAGGCUCUCUUCCGCAGGGCUCAGGCCUGGCAGGGCUUGAAAGAAUUGAGCCAAGCCAUGACUGAUCUGAAGGCAGCUCAGGGUAUAACUCCAGAGGAUAAAGCCAUCAUUAACGAGAUGAAGCGAGUGCAGAUCAAGGUGCAGGAGGAGAAGGAGAAAGAGAAGAAAAUCUAUGCCAAAAUGUUUGCCUGAAGGCCUCUCAGGUGAGCAGCAGGUGACGAGUGUCGUACCACACUGAACACCACCUUUCUUGUGAUGGUUAUGUACAGCAGAUCAACAUGUACCUGAAUAAAUGGUAACUUAUGAAAGUA